AUGGAGGUGUGGGAGACAGCCGUGAGUCACCCGGCCCUAUCGGCGGGGCAGGCCCGGGCGGGUGGGGGUCGCCGAGAGCCGGGCGGAGGGCUCAUAAGGCGAGGAGCGGCCGCGGCCGUCGCAGCCCUGAUGGAGCCCCGCAGCAUCCCGGCAGGCGAUGCCCCGCCGCGCCGCGCCGCCCCGCGGGAGGGCGGCCGGAGGAAGCGCACGUCGUUCAGCAAGGCGCAGCUGGAGCUGCUGGUGCGCACCUUCGAAAAGCAGCCGUACCCUGGCAUCGCCCUGCGCGAGCAGCUCUCCGGCCUCACCGACAUCCCCGAGUCCAGAAUCCAGGUCUGGUUUCAGAACAGGAGGGCCAGGCAGCUGAACCGCAAGAAGAGCGAAGGCGUGCAACCCCUCCAGGCGGCGGCCACCAAGGAGGAGCGCGGGCACUGCGGCGGGGGCAUCGGCACCGAGCGAGCCCUACAGCCGGGGGGCAACCAGUGCUGCUCCGGCCAGCCGCUGCCCUGGUCGGGGCCGCAGUACGCGAGGCUCGAUAGUCAUUGGAGGAGCUGUGGAGUCCCCGCUCAGACCCCGUCUCACUUCGGCCUGGACUAUAUGGGAAAAGGGGAGCAGUUCGGUGCGGGAACCGUAGGCAGUGCCCCUCAGCACUCUCUCCCUGUGCAGCAAGUGCAGGACUACCCGUACCUGAAGAAAUCGUUCCCUGAAAACUACUAUGCAGAUGUCUUGCAGCCAUGUACAGAAGAUUACCUAUAUCUAGCAGCUAAAGAGAACACAUAUAGCAAGCCUGUCUUAAGCUACUUAAAUGCUGACCAAGGUCUGGUCGAUGAGACCUACUCAUAUACCAAACCUAACUCCUCUCCGUUUAGUAACAGUUCCAUUCCGAGCUGUGGCGAGGGGGAGUCUAUGCUUGAGCUGAAGCAGAUGAGGCACAGCUCUCCUCAUUUUGCAGCUAGCGAGGCAAGCCCUCCUGCAGUACCUGCAAAAUAUGAAGGGAGGUACCAGGGGGCAUGUGCUGCUCCGGACCCAUUGUACGGACAGCAGCUGCUGGGGACAGUGAGUGACUAUGACCCUCACUGGCUGGGUAUGAGAAAUGAAAUUUUGGGGAAUGGUUUAGACUCGCUAUUUGAGCAAAAUGGGGAGCAGGGUGGGCCUCAAAGUUACCUUUUUGCUUUGGGUGGCCAGAAUUCAGCCUGUCAUUUGGGUCACACGUGAAACCAUGACAGCAAGGCUGCUUGAUGGAAAAAUCAUCUUUUACUUUGUUCGAUUGGCAGUGUUGUCCCAAAGUGGUUAGAGGUUUUGCAGGUGGAAGGAUGGAGCGCUUGCUGUGAGCUUCAUGCUCGGUCUGGAAGGGAAAGGAAGAUGAGGAAAGCCAGGGAGGUGCACAAGAGAGUAACCUGUGGAAGAUGUGUUGCCUGUCCCUCUCCUGUCCUGCUGGGAUUGUCACCAACCAGCAUUCCUGUGAACAUUUGGCUUUCAGUAGCUUCAUAUUAACCUGUGUUUACAGACAGAUACCUCAGUACCUCGGAUACCUCUGUGCCUCAGUACCAAAGACUUUGUCUUCUGCUGCUCAGACUGCAUUGGAUUCUACCAGGAGGCUUGGGACUGUGGAAUUGGUUUUGUAGUCUUACUGCACAAGAUUUUGCUUGUAUUUGGGUGUGAAUUCACUUUCUUUAACGUAAGAAGCAUGUAGAAAACUGGCGUUACAUUUAGAGCCUCUAGUGGAGAAAGCAUGAAUGCAAGCUGGUCUGAGCAUGGGAAAUGCAGCCUCGGUGGCGGCAGGCUGGCUCACUUGGUGUGUUUGUGUUUUAGGUGUGCUCCUGAUAAAGGACACUCCUGGUGUCUUUUUAGGUAUUUACUGUAUAGUAUUUUCAUUUA